GUUCCGUGUUCUUGUAGCAUGUUUUCCUCCUCGGGUAUGAGGUCGUGUCGAUUUCCUUUGUCCUUUGUCCGAUCGUGCCUGUGCGAUCACUCCGUCCUUGUCUGUUUACGCGCUUCCCGGCUUGUUCUUGCCUCUCACAGCCAUUAACAGCAUUGUCAUCGCCUGACAACUACAUCGUUUGCCACAAAAAUCAUUCCUUUAUGAGUGACUCCUUCUUGGAGUUCUUCUGUCGUUGUUCUCGCGCGCCGUUGUUGUGUGAUCGGGCGGGCCCCAAGUGCUCGCCCGGCCGCCAAGCUGAGAAGUGUAUCACACAAUAACACUUAACCCAAUGCGGAUGUGGUCGUGCAUGGGUAAUUUUCUGUCGUAACAUAUGUUCAGGAGAAACUGUCUUAGAUCUAUUUCUCGUCUCAUGUCUUGUGUGUGAUCAUGAAAGAAACGUUGACAAGACCGUCGGGCGGUAGAGGAUUCAAGUAGCACAGCAACAGACAACAGACCAAGAGGGUACCCCAAGUCAGUCCGGCCAAAUAUAUGUAUCCAUGUCUAACCCAGAUGUCUGACAUUGAAGAGUUGUCGCAGCCACAGAAAAGGCGCCGUGUGGAUUCGGGGGUGAAGCGUAGUACAUACGGACAGAACACAACUUUGGCACAUGCGACAGCCGCAGCAGUAAACGGUGUGGCUCCGACAGGAAACGUUCUUAGGUCUCUUCUCAAGGGCAGCAGCCAGAACACAGAAAGCCUGAAGAAAGAGAACGGGGCCUCCAUCAUCUCUGAGCUCUUGAAGACAGCAAUUCCAAACAAAGAAAAUACCAUGCCCGGCCACUCGGCCAGUCACACCCAGAACUUGGUGGAAAUUGCACAAGAGGAAGCCAUACAAAUGUCUACAGACAACACAGCAAACAAUGGGUGCAAUGGUAACGGCAUGACAGGUGGUGGCAAUGAUGUGGAGAUGUUGCAAGCCAAGAGGGCACGAGUUGAGAACAUCAUCACCAACAUGCGUCAGUCUCCAUCUCGAAGUGAGAUGCUGGGUGGAGGGCAGCUCGGCAGCAGCAGACGCAAGCAGCGACAGCCCCAGCAACAAGUCAACAGCAUGGGUGGGAUCUUAGAACCAAACCGGCCACGCAAGGACCAAGAAAGGGAGCGCCUUAAGCAACAGCUUCAUGAAAUGCAACAGCAGAUGGAAAGGCUGCAGAAAAAAUACUUCGAGCUAUACGAGCAAGAAAGUAGCACAGGAGAUGACAGCGACGUUGAGGUCAUCCACGCUGCCCAGAAGGAAGGAGGGAAAGCAAAUCAGCAGGAGGCAGAGGGCCAGGAGUCACAAGAGCUUGGCCCAUCCCACUUCUUCGAGAGAGCUCGUGCCCUUGUCAGGGAGCAGGAGAUAGCAGCACGACAAGCACACCUGAACAGGGCCCAGGCCAUGCUGGCAAGUAUAUCCAAUAACAACCACCGGUCAAACUUCGGGGAAGCACUGAAAGACAAACUGACCAAAGCUGUUACAGAUGUAGUCGACUCUGUGGUGCGAGAGUACUUCCCCUCUCAGCCGACUAGCCAAAUCACCACCCUUCAUCACACCCAUUCAUCCGGUGUCAACGGUGGUCUUAACGGCCAGGGAGACAUCUCCAGGCAAAGCGUGCACCCCGCAGCACAAGCUAUCCACAACUUCAGUGACUUCCAUUCUACCCACAUCCCAUACCAUCCCAUCAGCUCCGAGGCGUUCGACCAGACGGAAGCACUGCCACUCGUGGUGUCUCGCAAGAAGGAGGGUCGCUUACGAGUCAAGCAAGGCAACCACCGUGUUUCAGCCAACGCCAACACACACAGCUCCAGCCUUGCCAACUGCUUGCCAACGUCGGUCGCAAUCCCCAACCCCAGCCUACAGCAAACCCUCCCCAUAGUGUCGGCAGCUUUCUCCCUCCACCACCACGACGAGCAAGCCAAAGAUUACUCCGCCCGCUCUCUGGAGUCCCAAGACGUCCCCACGCCACUGACGGACCACCAGAUUCUGAGCAACGGGUCCCCGUCCAUGGGUGAUGUGCAUCACGCGCCCGAGGGCCUGUCCUUGUCCCUACUGAAGGCAGAGUGUGGAGACCUCCAGGACCUGACAGACCUGAGUGCCUACGGAUCUCCUAAGGGCAGUCCACCUCAUCCUGGAUCUCAGGGUAUCCAAAACAGCAGCUUGACUCCCACCCAUCUGAAGAAGGCCAAGCUGAUGUUCUUCUACACCCGUUACCCAUCCUCCUCCACCUUGAAGCAGCACUUCCCGGACGUCAAGUUCAACCGAUGCAUUACCUCCCAGCUCAUCAAGUGGUUCUCCAACUUCCGGGAGUUCUACUACAUCCAGAUGGAGAAGUUUGCUCGCCAGGCCAUGAGCGAGGGGCUGGAGACAAAGGACCUGCACGUCACGCGUGACUCCGAGCUGUUCCACGCACUCAACCUGCACUACAACAAGAGCAACGAGUUCAAGGUGCCAGAUUCCUUCCUGGUGGUGGCCGAGCAGACGCUGUCCGAGUUCUUCAACGCCAUCAAGGCUGGGAAGGACCUGGAGGCAUCGUGGAAGAAGAACAUUUACAAGAUCAUCAGCAAGCUGGACAGCCCCCUGCCCGAGAUCUUCCAGUCCCCCGACUGCAUGAAGGAGCUCCUUGGAGAGUGAGACCUGAUGACGUGUCGUUGUGUUGCAAGCCAAGCUUUACCAGAAGUUCUUUGAAACUUCAAACUGAGUAUGUAGGAAAGUGCUUAGGGAAUACUCUGUCUAAGCCACAAUUGUCAAGGAUGUUAGCGUAAAAGGGAGGAUAUUUAAGUAUACAGGAAAUUUGUUGCAUGACUUCUAUGGAAAGUCAGUACCCCAAGGGUAUCAUUAAUUUCACAUGCAAUUGAAGAGUUCUAGUUGCUGGGUAAAUCUGUGUACCCAAAAGGAUUGAGCAGCACAGGUUGUGGUGCAGAGCUAAGUGUGCAAAUUGUACUCCGGGAUGUCAGCAGGACAUGCAUGCCUUUAACACGGAAGUUGAGCCAGAGAAUCAUGAUGGAAUUUUACUAGUCAUGUUCAGUGUUAGUACUCAUAGGACUUAAGAUUUCUGUAGGUAAGUGUGAUUUGCUUAUCACAAAAAGCAAGGUUGUUUUGUUAAUGUGUAAUAUGGUAGUAGGCAAGGAGAAGUUGGCUAAUUAGGCAAGUUCCUGUGCCAGGAAGAAUGUGGAAACCAUGUAUGCAAGUUGUCAACGCCCUCUAAAGAGUGGUCAUUGUUGUAGUCGAGAGGAGCAAAAUUAAGUAAUCUUUUAGAUUUAGGAGUUUAGACCAUAUGCCAUGUGGAGUUAGACAGACCCUGGGGCGGGGUAACCUUACAAAGUGGGACCUAAAUUUUUCCUUAGCGCUUCCAAAGUGUAGAACACUUUGUCAGGUAAUAGUCUAUAUAGAUUUGGACCCCUCCUGUAGCCAUGCAAGACAGUAGAAGUUAGGAAUAGUGCCUAGUGCCUUAGGUUUUUACAAGCAUUACCAAAUAGCACAAAAAAAUAGAUGAUGCAGAACUUGAUGAACUACUUUCUUAUACUAGCAGGAUUUUGACACAAAAGAAUAUACCCUUGUGGGGGAGACCUUUGCUGGUGAGACGUGUGCCAGCAUCAAUGUGGAAUUUAGAAACCAGCUGAGAACAAACAGUAGAGCUACUCGUACAAGUGACCUUAGUUGUACCGGGAGUCACUCGCCCGGCUGAGCUAGCCUUGCAUGCCCUUCAGCCUCCCACUUUCUCUGGACAUGUACGUUAUCUCCUGAUCAAUGCUUGUUAGGUUAUGUCCAUGUUCCCUCUCUGGUGGGAGAUCUAGGCUCUGUUCCCAGGGGUCGUGCUUUUAUGGUGGAGUCAAAAAUGAUAAUCAUUUCGUUGGUGACAUUGCCUCUGCCCUUGCCAGCUGUGGUGGUUACACUUCGUGUGCUCUUCGCAUUCGUCACACACUCACACACGUAGGUGUGCUAAUAUUGACUCGAGAACCUGGUAAUUUCUUAAUAUGCUUUGUUUGCUGUUUUUAUGUUUUCUUUGUUUCAGGGACUGAGUUUGCAAUUGUUUUCUUUCAAUGCAAUUUUAUGUUGGAGUCAUGAAUUAUUUAGUUUUGCCUGAGGUCAUAUUUUGACUUGUUUUUAAGUUGCUUCUAAAUUAAGGCAAGAGAAUUUCAAAGUAUUUUCAUCUGGGAUGAACGAGCUUAUUACAGAGUAUAUCAUCAUUAAUUUAUUCAUUCUGGUAUGUAGAAAAUCAUGCAAUCCUAGGUAAACAUUGUUCCAGCGUUGCUGAGCAACAGCUGAGUUGUUGCCAUGGUUACCAGACAUUAUCAGAAUUAUAAUUAUGUAAUAUCCUCGUCAGGAAUUGCUGAGAUAUACAUUAUCAGAGAGGAUACAGAUUUUCUUGCCCGUGCAUGUUGUGUAAAUGCUGGUGUUAUCUGGUCUUUGUUUCCUUUAUUGAAAGCACUACAGAUUUUAUUAUUUAAAGAAGAAUUAUGUUUUGUGGAUUUGUGCUUUAUUGAUGUUCACAGAAAAGGGUAAUAUAUUGAUUAAAUCAUGAAUUUUAAGUAAGAUUAAGUCAAUCAUAUGCGAUGUUGUUACACCAUCCAGGGUUAUAUUAUUUGUGUUGUUAUAAAGGUCCAGAGUUUAAUAUAUGCAAAUAUUUAAGGGCUGGCUUAUUUUCCAGCCUUGUUAUCUGACAGAGAAAAAUUAUGGCAGAGUCACUUGCCAACUGAUUGCAACGUUUUUCUGACCUUGGUUCCCACUAUUUAUCAUAGGAAGGUCAUCCAUGUACUCAAGGCGCAUCCCUUCAGAAACCCAUCUCUCACUUGACAUUACACCAACUGUCCUUCAAGUGGGAGGACUAAAUGGCUCUGGGUGCAACUUUGUGUAAUGGCUAAGACCUGUUAUUCCUCAUGUACACACACAGUAUUUCAUGUAUAUUCUAGCUUUGUUUCUCACAAUGGGUGAAGGGAGGAUGUGAUGUGGAUUGUGUAUUCAGCACCUAAGCGUGCUGGUAGGACGUAGAUGUGUAGAUCUGGUAGGCUAGCUGAGACUUUAUUGUGCAGGUAAACCAUGCCUGUGGAAUGUAGGGUAGGUUGGACCUAUGCUAUGCGGACAAUUGUCGUAGGAAGAUAUACUGUAGCUCACAGUAAGUGAAGUGACCAGAUUUUGGGGUGUCAUGCAAUGUGUCAUCUUCAUGUGUCAUACAAGCCCGGUGGAAUUCUUCCAAGAUAGAUACAUUCAGCAGGGCAAACCUUUUCAUGUUCUUGUAGACAGACCGUAGAAACCUUAGAGUUCCCCUAGACUUUGUACUAGAAAUUUUUAGCCACUUCAACAAUAAAUUUGUAGACUCUCUUCAUACCA